GAAUAAGUGAAUGAAUUUUCUUUAUUGCAGACAACAGCUGCGGGCCCAGCAGGGCAUGGGAGGUGGUAUGGGGGGUCCCACAUCACAGCAGUCGCAAAUGUUCCAGCAACCUCCUGGGGGCCAGAUGUACACCACUAUGCAACAGCAGCAAGAAAUGAUGAGCAAAUAUGGAGGCGGAGCUGGUGGAGGCGCAGGAGUGGGGGGUGGUGGUGGCGGCAACCCGUACGCGGGGGGCGGGGGAGGAGGGUUCCCGGGGGCGGCAGCAGGGGGUCCAGGGGGGCAGCAACAGUUCAACAUGCGCCAGCAACAGCAGCAGGCUGACUACUUGCAACAACAACAACAACAACAGCAACAACAGAGGGUCAGGCAACAACCUUAUAUGCAGCAAGCGCCGAACGUUACAAUGGGUGGAAUGGGAGGUGGUAUGGUAGGGGGGGCUGGCCAGCAGGGAGGACCCCCCCAGGGCCCCCCUCAGGGGCCGGCGCCCCCAUACAGCCGUGGUGGGGGAGGGGGCGGAGUGCCGCCCCAACAACAGCCGCAACAACAGCAACAGCAGACUUCGCAACAACAGUUUCAACAGCAAAUGAACCAGCAACGACUGAACGCCUCUGUGAGACAUCAGCUGAUGCAAAUGCAGCAACAGCAACAACAGCAGCAGCAACAGCAGUCGCCGCAACUUGUUGCGCAACUGCACCGGCAAAUGCAACAUCAACAACAACAACAGCAAACGGGGGGCAACCCACAACAACAGCAACAACAGCCUGGCCCGGGGGGGCAUCCGUACGGCGGUCAUCAGCCUCCCGCUUAUUAAAACAAAGGCUGACUGGACGCAACUUGGAACAAGUUCCUUCACAAAAAAGCAAUUAUCAGUGUAAAUACAAUUAUAAUGAUAUUAUCCUUAUAUUAUUUAUUCAGGACCAAGUACCUCAUAAAAUUCACAAACGAGAAAUUAAGAACAGUGCUUCGAAACGAAAACUUUAAGAUGCGUUCCUUUACAAUUAGAUUAAUUAGCAAUGUAGAUAAUAAUCUUUAUGAUAGUAUUAAUUUACAGGAAUGAGUACUGUACCUCGAAAGUUCUAAAUCGGGAAAUGAAAAAUACAAUUUUCAGUUAUAAAUUAAUUAUUGAGUUUUAAUUAUUAAAACUAUGAAAUUAAUUAUUCAUUCUAUUUGAAUACUUUUAUGGGACUAAAUUAGGAUAAUACUCAACAUUUCAUUAAUUUUCUUUUUUUAAAAGCGUCAAAGCUAUUAUACUUUAUGUAUAAAGACUCGUUUUUUUAAAUGCAAACGUAAUAUUCAAUACUGGAUAACACAGGUACAAAAUUGCACUAUAUAAUUUUUUAUUCUACAUUAUGAAUACUUAUCAUAUUUAUUUAUGCUAUUAUGAAUGUUUCGUAAGUGAAAAUUGAUUCGAAUAGCUGAGUUGCCUAUACAGAUUUUAUGUACGUACGUAUUUACGUAUAAAUAUUAGUUUGUCAUACAAUAGUAAGAUUUGAAUCAAACCAGCAUUUUUGCUAUUCAUAAGGAAUACUGAUAGUUUAAAAAUCCCUAGAUGCAUGUCUAUUGUAGGCUAUAUUAGCAGAUUGUUCCUGUAACACAAGACUUCUAAAUUUUUAU